AUGAUAGGCCACUAUACCAUUACAGAGAGCACUGCAAAAAAUCUAAUGGUUUCCAUAAAGUCGGUACGGCCAAAUAAUAGUGGAAGUGGUCAAAUACAACUGUGGCAAUUCCUCCUUGAGUUACUUUCUGAUACACAUAGCAAUGCGCACUGUAUCACUUGGGAGGGCCAAAAUGGUGAAUUCAAACUGUUAGAUCCAGAUGAAGUGGCUAGAAAAUGGGGCGAAAGGAAAAGUAAACCAAAUAUGAACUAUGAUAAGCUUAGCCGUGCUUUGCGAUAUUACUACGAUAAAAACAUCAUGACAAAGGUUCACGGAAAACGUUAUGCCUACAGAUUUGAUUUCAACAGAUUGGCACAGUCUUGCCAAAGCAACUGCAGUGGUGAAUUGGUGUCAGCAGUUGCAACAUCGGCACAGCAAUAUCGAUCUUCACUGACAAGUUAUCAUCCUCCUCAAUUCCUGUUUCAACAUUAUCAUCACGCGAUGCCGAAAAUGCGUUCUGCUGGUGUGUCGUAUGCGCCUUUCAUCCAACCAGUAACUUCAGAUAAGCGGUCCGCACAUUUGAUGCGACCGUACUGGCCUGGAACGAUUUCAACCGGAAGCUGUGGGUAUACAUCGACAGGAGGUUAUUGUGGAACACAGCCAAGGUCUUUUAGCAAUUUUUUGCCGUGAUGUAUGAAUAUAGCCUGAAUUGAAUAAAAAUUUCGUCC